AUGUUGGCCAAAGGGGUUAAACGGAAGUUAUCAGAAGUGGAUGAAGGAAUGGGGAACAAUCCUGAGAAUGCUAUGAUGUCUCCAAGCCCUAGUUCAUUACCUGCAGUGCAGUCACAUUGCCUUAUGAACAUUUCUCUUGUGAAGCUUCACCAUAGUCUAAGACAUGUGGAGCCUAACUUCAGGCAUCUUGCGUUGGUUGCCAAUACCCUACGGCGCCUUCAGGACAACAUGCAAACUGAGCAAACUACUCCAGCAGGGUCACGAUCCACGAAAGAAACUUUAAAGAAGGACUAUUGCAAAUCUUCAGGUAUGGAGAACAAGAAACUAGCUCUAGACGAUCAAGGAGAAGAUCCUUUGCUCUCGUGUAUGGAUGCCUCUCUUUACUCUUCAAUUUCUACCAUACUUGAGGACUCAAAUAACUUUGAGGGGCUCAGUAGUCCCCCCCUUCCUCAUAUAGACAAUGGUCAGCUGUGCUUUCCUAAGGAUAACAAUGUAGAUAUGAGCAGAGAGGACUCUGGGAAGCUGACACCUUCUUCUAGUUUUGUAAGAUCCUCCCCUUACCUUCUAGGGGACAAAUUUGAGGAUAUUUUUGAAGAUAUUGACACUUCCAUAUAUGAUAGUGACCCUUGGUCAAGUAGCAACCUGCUAAACUUCAAGUCCUUUUCUAACAUAAAUGAGACUGAUGAGAAAACAUUAAUGCAAAUGGACUCUAUAAAAACAACGAAGUAUCUUGCAACAAGAUACUACUGUAUAUAA